AUGAAGUGGUCAACUAUAUUUCCUGCUACUUUAGUGACGACUUUAACGACUGCAAAUGCUAUAUCCCUACAAAUCCCCUUUUUUUCCUCCUCGUCAAACGAUAAGGACAUCAAAUUAUCCAACAAUUUAAAACCCUCGACAUACUCCUCUCAUUCCUGUUCAAAAUCAGAAUGGUUAUUCCCACAAGGUCAAAUAGAUGAUUUUAUGGUACAAUCCUUUCCUUUUUCCUCCUCAUCUUCAGCUGAUUUUAAUGGAAAAAUUGUAUCUCCUAAGAAAGGGUGGGACCAUAUCGUAUCAAGUCAAGAGUUGAAUAACUUUCAACUACGUGUCAACAAAAUUAAAGAUCCUUCCAAACUAGGUAUUGAUACAGUUCAACAAUACACUGGUUAUUUGGAUGUUAAAGAUGAGGGGAAACACUUUUUCUUUUGGUUCUUUGAAAGUAGAAAUGACCCAGAAAAUGAUCCAGUUAUUCUUUGGUUAAAUGGUGGACCAGGUUGUUCAUCUAUGACUGGUUUAUUUUUUGAACUAGGUCCAUCCGCUAUAGAUGUUGAAUUGAAACCUAUUUACAACCCAUAUUCUUGGAAUAAUAAUGCAAGUGUUAUCUUCUUAGACCAACCUGUCAAUGUUGGAUUUUCAUAUUCAGAUGAUAUAAAUAGUGGCUCUAUUACAAACUCCAUUGCUGCUGGGAAGGAUGUCUAUGCCUUUUUACAGUUGUUUUUCCAACAAUUUCCACAAUAUUCUACAAAAACACAUGACUUCCAUAUUGCUGGUGAAUCUUAUGCAGGCCAUUAUAUUCCUGCUUUUGCUACCGAAAUUUUAUCUCACAAAAAUAGAAAUUUUAACUUAUCUUCUAUUUUAAUCGGAAAUGGAUUAACUGAUCCGUUAACUCAAUACAAGUACUACAAACCUAUGGCUUGUGGCGAAAGUUCUGGCUAUGAUCCAAUUUUAUCUCCACAAGAAUGCCAAGCAAUGGAAGAUUCAUUACCAAGAUGUCUUUCCUUAAUUGAAUCAUGCUAUAACUACGAUUCUGUUUGGACAUGUGUUCCUGCAUCCAUCUAUUGUAACAAUGCUCAAUUGGGUCCUUUCCAACGUACUGGUAAAAAUGUUUAUGACGUUAGAAAAGACUGCAAUGGUCCAUUAUGUUACUCCGAAAUGGAGCCUAUUGAUCAAUAUUUGAAUUUGAAAGAAGUUCAAGAUGCUAUUGGCGCAGAAGUUUCCAAUUUCGAAUCUUGUAACUUCGAUAUAAACAAAAAUUUCUUGUUUGCUGGUGAUUGGAUGAAGCCAUACCAAAAACAUGUAAUGGAACUAUUGGAUGAAUAUCAAUUGCCAAUAUUGAUCUAUGCCGGUGACAAAGAUUUUAUUUGUAACUGGAUGGGUAACCAAGCUUGGGCUGAUGACUUGCCAUGGAAGCAUCACGAAGAAUAUGCCACAACGCCAUUACAACCAUGGAUUGUUAACAGUCAAGAAGGUACCUAUCAAGCAGGUGAAAUUAAAUCUUACAAUGAACUAACUUUCCUAAGAUUAUUCGAUGGUGGUCAUAUGGUCCCUUAUGAUCAACCAGAAGCUUCUUUGGCAAUGUUAAAUGAAUGGGUUCAUGGACAGCAAUUCUGA